UAGGGAAGAUCGCCCGAGGUACCAUGACUAUAACUUGCGGCGUAUGUUCUUGUAGCUAUUGAAUUUUGUGACCAUAGCGUAGUUUUUCAAAUAGCAAACCGUGUCAAUGGAGUGCUAUAUUCUGGAAUAACAUUAUGUUUGACUUUCUCUUAAACCGUCACAGUAAACACGUAAAAUUGAACUCAAUAAGUGAAUUUUAAAGGAGCAAAAUUAAUGGACGCAAACUCAGAUCCAGGAGAAAAGUUGGGAACCUUAAAAGCAAUGGACUACGAAUCACAAACUAACAGAAGACCUAGGGAAGAAAGUGACAAGAAAUCCUGUAUCCCAAACUUGGCCGGAGACAUAAGAGCUGGCAGAAACUUGAAGUAAAUCAACAACCCAGGACAGACGACCAGGCAAACAGAACAUGAAGCUCAUUAUUAGCUUAGCCGGAAAAUCAGACAAAUAGGCCGAGGAUACCAUUACAGCAGCCGUAUCCUGAUUUCUUGCAGUUUGCGCUUAUGUCAUUUUCGGAAAAAUAGGACAGAGGAUGUAAUUGGUACUGAUGUAUCAUUGAGAAUCAAGAAAAUAUCUUCCAUCUGGUGUACAUGAAGAUAUGGCGAUGUACUAGCAUAAUGCAGAUAUCAUGAAGAGCCCAAGAGAGAUUGUGUUUCUGAUAUCUGUCAUCUUGUGUGUUGAUGUAACAAAUGGUGAACUUGGCGCAGCAUGUUACUCAUUGACUGACUGUACAACGGAUGCAGAUUGCAUACACGGGAUCUGUAAUUGUACUGAGAUUUGGUAUAUAGGGAAUUCUCUUACACCAAUAUGUAGGUCUUGGCAGUAUGAGAAAUUGUGUACAAAGGAUGAAGAGUGUUGGGAAAAUGCCAAGUGCAUAUCCGUGAAAUGUGAAUGUAAUGAAGGGUUUUACAGAAUUAAUUCUUCAUGCCGUAAAGUAAAACUACAGGGUGUGAUGAAGCAGUGCAAAAUAAAUUUAAAUGGAGCAGAUACAGAAAUGUGUGAUAUUAACAAACAUAGUAUUUGUAUUGAAAAUACAUGUGUUUGCACUAAGGGCUACAUACCAAACAAAUACGGACAGUGUGAGUCAAAGGAAUCAUAUUUGACCCGGACACGAAGGACUGAAUAUCGUGUUACACCAGGUGAAUACUGUAGAGAGGAUACAGACUGUAUUGAAGGCCUAGAAUGCAAGAGCUUUGAGUGUACGUGUCCAAGUGGUUGUAAACAUGUUGCAAGGAAUAUGGCUUGUGACUGUGGAGACGUUGAAACUGAGGUUGCACCAAUUAUUGUUGGAGUCCUUCUAGGUGUGAUUAAUAUUUCUUUCUGGUUCUGGGCAAUAAGGAGAACCAUUGUGAAGCACAAGGAAAAAAUGAAACGUCUUUCAUAUCGCACAGCAAUUAAUGAUGAUGUGUCUGCUUCACAUCCUCUUUCACCUGUCCAGUCCUCUGACCAAACAGUUGCAGGCUUUGUAUCCCCUUCCAGUAGAACAGCUGGCACACCUAUCCGAGAAGACAGGGGCACUUCCAGACCCUAUUCCAUAAAUCCCCCAACAGCACCAAACAAUCCUGUAAAUUUAGCAUCAGAUAAUCCUCCAUCAUAUGAAGAAGUAAUUUCUUCCCCCCUGUAUAAACCUAAGCCAUCAAGCCUGCAAAAUGCGCCAGAUCCCCCUCCAUACAUUCCUUUGUCAAGUGGCACUUGGCAGUCUUCAAGUCCUUCACACUCUCCUACAGCACCACCAUAUUCAAUUAGUCCUCAGGCAACACUACAGUCUGGAAGUCUUGAUGCAAUACCAAACCCCGGAAAUCCCUCAACACCAGCAGUCAGUUUAUCAUCUCCAUUACAUUCAUCGGUCCCAGAAAUACAGCAAGCAUACAAUCCAAACUUCUAUGACGGCAAUGUUUCAGGUUCAGCUGCCAGUGAUGGUCCAUCAAGACUGUAAAUAUGGUACUCUGGGAAAAUUAAAUGUAACAACAUGAAAUAUUCUUGGCUGAAUACCAUUUGUUACAGAUCCCGUAUAGGGAAGAAAUUGCUUGGCAGAAUCCAUUUACCAAGAGGUAUCUUGGAAAACUAAUCACUAAUUUGGGCUGGAAGGAUACUGGAUACUGGAGAAGAUGGCAGUCUCCUGGAUAUGAAUUUAAAGACUACUACCUCAUACUCCCACAUCUAAGAGGUGAAAUUCCUUUGCCAGAGAAAAAGUAUCCUCAAUGUAUAUAUGUUCUAGGGAAUCCUAAAUGGUAAUCCCUUAAUUCUUACACGUUUUGUAGUAUGGUAUUGUAAAGUAACAAAAUGAUGAGGUGUAUGAGAAGUCACCUCAGAAUAUUAUCAAAAUCAUUGAAAAGAGAAGCAAAGCAUGUUGGGUAAGGAGAAAGCCAUUUUAUGUACAAAUAUAAAGAGAGAGGUGAGUCACAGGAAAAAAGGUACAAAACAUGAAGAAACUGUAUUAACUGUAUCAAAAGAAGGCAAACAUUACAGAAAUUAAUAUGAAACUGUUGGUAAUAAUUUUGAAAAUUGCAUACUAUAAAAUGAGUAAAUUGUGUAUAUU